AUGCGAGACUCCCCCAAUAUGGCCGAAGACAGGAAACGGUACAAACUCAAUCAGAGCAAUCUCCACAUCAGUAACCGCUACUUUGGAGGCAGGUUCCGUUGGUCUACAACUCCCCACAAUGCGCCCCAGACCAUGGAGGAGGCACAAGCCCUGAUUGACGAGCUGUAUCUGUCGGGCAAUCCCUUCUUCUCCAAGGAGAUGAUCCGACUGGCCUUUGAGCAAUGUCAGCGAAAGCCCGUUCGGGGAGAGACCCUGUAUAUCCAUGACAUUACCGGGGCCGUGGUCGAAUUUGAAUGCCAAACCGGUGAAGUCAAGAUGGAAAGGGACCAAAACGGGGUAGAAACCACCUACCUCCUACUUGAUCCCGUGCUAUCAUACGAAUCUCGCGCCCACCUCAAGCAUCAUCUUUGGUGGGCGGGCAUCAGAAAGGACCGAUCACCAUUCUGCAGCUUGACUCUGCUGCAUCCGUCCUUCAAGUUCAGAACUGAUACCACAGAGCCUGUGGACCCCAACCCUACCCGUCCUCGUGACAAAGUCGCCCAGGAGUUUCUUGAUCACAGCCGCAAGUGGCACGAAACCGACGUGGCCCAACAGCUUGUCUGCCUGCUCAGGUCUCACGCGUCGACUCACGACAUUACCAAGAUCAUCGGCCUCGCGCUUGGCGCCAUCUCCUACGGCGCUGAUGACCGUUCGGAUUCUUAUAUUCAGCACGCUCUACUGCUGACCCUCCGCAAUUGGCUAUCGGGGCAAGGUGAUCCGGCCCAUCUUGCCUGCUACGCCCAGGACCCUGGAUAUCGAUCCGUUGAUCGACAGGUCCUGAAAGAGCACGGCAUCGACGUGAUCGACGAUCCCCAGGCGUGGUUAGAGAUCGACAAUCAGUCCAUUGUGUUUUCGGUGGCCCCCAACGUCCCUGUGAAGGAGAUUGUGGCGGACAUUGCGCGGCCAGCCAUUGUGAUCUGGGAACGAGUGGGCUAUGAGGAUGCCGAUCAGGAAGGGAAGAUGUCGCGGACUGACCCAAGUUCCCCCCGGGUUCGAGCCAUGCUGGAGCAGUACGAGGUCUUUGACUUUGGUGCCGAGGACGAUCCGACCUUUUGCAAUACCGUGAUGUACAUUCGUCGUUGUCGGGGCUAG